AUGAUUAUAGCACGUUUUCUAACGAUAAAUGUAAUUGAUCAAUUAUUUGAGCAUUAUAAUCAAAACCAUAGUAAAAUUUUAAUAAUUGGUUAUCUUAAAUUAAAUAUCAAAAAAUUUCAAUCAUCAUCAAGAAAAAGUCAACGAUCAAUAACAAGAACUAGAAAUAUUGGUACAAAUGAACAACAUCUUUCAAUCAAGAAUGAUAAAGAUUCAUCAAUAAUAUCAAACACAAAUAAAGAUACAAAAGUUAAUUUUGAACGAUUACUUUCAACAACAUUAUUUUCUAUAAAAUCAGUAGUAAGUCUUAUUUCUACACAACAUUUAUUAAAAAAUCUGGAAGAAACACUUAAUUAUUUUAAAUCAACGUUCAAUGUACAAAAGAGUAUUGCUAAAUUCCUUGUUAUGUUAUCACAUAAUAGAUUUCGUUCAAAACAAGUUAUUCAUGUAAAAGAUUUAAUAAAACAUGGUGCUUUAUCAGCAUUAGAACCAGUUGUAUAUGAUUUAUUUCUUGUUGAAACCUUACUUGAACUUGUUCGAUAUAAUAAAACUUUGCAAUUUCUAACAAUAAUUGUUGAUAGUGUUCGACAUGAAGGUGAUAAAUGGAAAAUGUUUUUCACGACUAAUUUUCGAUGUACUUCUUGUUCAUUUACGAUCACAUGUUACUCUACUGGUUUAUCUAAGGGUCAAUCACUUUUGGAUAUUUAUUCAACACAAGUAAUACUAUUUGAUGUUGUAUCAUCAUUUGAAUUACGACCUAUUGAUCCAUUUAUUGUUGCUUUUCGAGCAUCAACAAAUAGAAAUGUUAGUUUGAUUUUAUUUAUGAAAUUUUCCUGUUGUUUACGAGAUGAAACUUUUAGUAAAGCUCCUCUUCGAAUUUUACAUGACGUAAUAUUACGAAUUUUCGGACAAUAA